UUUUUUUUUUCUCUUUAUUUUUUAUACAUUAUGGGUUGUUGUCAUUCUUCAGAAAAGCCUACAGUGUAUGAAGUGACGUUGGAUCAUGAUGGUAUAGCACGACAUGUAUCAGAAGGUCAAGGAACACAUUAUAUUCAUGUAUCUGAAAGUAAUGAAACCAUAUUAGAAGAAAAGCCCAACUUGACACCAGAAGAAAAGAUAACCAGUCCGAAUCCGACGUUUCAAAAACCACUUGUCCCUUAUCUCUCGAAACAACGCAUUUACCCUUCAUCAAACAACAACAUCUCGAAAGAAGAAAAGACUCGACCCCCUUCUUUCUCAAUUGGCAAUACAAUAAACAAAGUUUAAGUAUGACCCGUCCCUUAACCCCUUCGGCGUAUUUAUAUUUAUUUAUUUUUUUGUUGUUGUUAGAAUAGUAAUCCUACCCAUUAUAUAUAUAUUUUUACUCUUUAUUCUUUAUACUCAUUAUCAUUACUACCGCAUAUUGUACUUAUUUUUUUUUGUUUCAAUAAAUUUUUCUAUUUGUACUUAUUUUUCUCUA